GUAAGAUCUAACAUCUCUCUUAUAUAACUCCUCGAACAAAAAAUUUCUCAGUUCCUCCAAAACCUAAAAUCUCCGCUGCGGCUCAGAAAGAAAAAAGGCUUUCUAGGGUUUUCUUCAUCAUGGUUCUCUCAAAUGAUAUCGAUCUGUUGAAUCCACCAGCUGAUUUGGAGAAGAGGAGGCACAAGCUUAAGCGUUUGGUUCAAUCCCCAAACUCCUUCUUCAUGGAUGUUAAGUGCCAAGGAUGCUUCAACAUAACUACUGUAUUCAGUCACUCACAAACAGUGGUUGUAUGUGGAAAUUGUCAAUCUGUCUUGUGCCAACCAACUGGAGGUAAAGCUAGGCUUACUGACGGAUGCUCAUUCAGGAGAAAGGGAGAUUAAGCGGUUGCGAUAACGGAAUGUUGUGGUGAUUGUAGAAUGAAUUUUGUUUUUCUUUCUACUUUUGUUUAGUUUUAAUUGGAGAAUGGAAGCCAGGGAAUUUGAAUUUGAAUUUGAGAAAUGGGGUUUAGGAUUUUGGUAUUAAAGUAAUUAUGCUGCGGGGACGUCCUGUCUUUUGACAGUUAUAGUAGCGCAUGUUAUCAUGUUUUGACAACAGAUAUUUGGGGUUGUCUACUAUCAGUUAUUCACGCUUAAACCUGUUUUGCUUUGUUCAAAUGAUAGUGUAGUGCUUCAUGUUUCAACGGAACAGCUAGUUUGUGAAGCAUUGUUGAUUGUGUAUCUA